UUUUUCGCACGAUGGCCGACGUCGUAUGCAGCGCUUGCGGCGAGGCCACCAACAUCCUCUUGGCGCAGUGCGCCUCAUGCAGCGCCGACCUGCCCUCGGAGCAUGAGCGACUCGAGCUCCUCGUCGGGCACGUGCAGGCGCUCUCGGCAACCAUCGAGCGGCUCCACGAGCAGGUCGCGGCCGUGGACCUCCGCGCUUCGGCCGUCGAGCACGAGCAACACCAGCUGCAGCGCGACCGGCUCGCGUUCGAGGUCGAGAAGCAGCAAUGGUACUACGAGCGACAGCCCGAGGAGCCGCCGAUUCGACGCAUCGAGCUCGGACAGUUUGCUUCGGCGUCGGUCCUGGCGGACGGCGCCACGUACGACAUCCGCGCCGGGACGAUCGAAGGCAAGACCGUCGUGCAAAAGAGGCUUCGGGAUCCGAGCCAGUUCUCGAGCUUUGUGCAACUCGCGUCCUUUCUCUCGCUGCUCAAGAGCGACUACAUUGUCAGUCUUCUCGGCUCGACGGCGUGGAAGGCCGAGAUCGGACCGGCCUUGUACUUUGAGCACAUGGAGCUCACCGACUUGCGCUCGUACAUGGCGUCGACGCCCCGCGACGCAUUCUCGUGGGACGCCAAGUUUCAAAUUGCGCUUGGCGUCGCCCAUGCUCUCUCGUACUUGCACAAGAUGGACCUCUGUCACGGAGCGCUACGUCUCGACCACGUCUUACUCAACGGCAAGAAGCACGCCAAGCUCACGGGCUUCCAAGCGGCGCCGAGCGAGGACGGCAUGGCCGGCGACAUUACGGCCUUUGGCCAGCUCCUCCUCGAGUUGGCGAGUCACGGCCGCGAAGACCUCGACGCGUACGACAGCCCCAAGUGGUACAAGGCGAUUCUCGAGCACUGCGUUGUCGACCUCGAGGAGGAGCAGGACGAGGUCCAGCCGUCGGCUGUCGACCUCGUCUCGGUCUUUGAAAUGUACCCGAGCAUGAAGCGCGCGCACAAGGCCGGCCCCACGACGCCCUGCACCGUGACAGUCCAUCGCGCCCAGGGCCUCGCGAAUCCGCUGGUCUUUGGUGCGCCGCAGCGCUACUGCCGCGUUCGCGUCGGCGGCCAAGUACUCGAAACCAAGGUCCAGGACCACGCUCAUUGGAACGAAGCAUGCAUCUUUGACGCCGUCGACCCGCUCGUCAUGGAGCUCGAGGUCGACAUUCUCAAUGCUGACGGCGGCCGCCUCGGCAAGUGCAGCGUUGCGCUGCUGGAUGUGAUGAGCCUCCGCCGCCCGAGCCUCGAGCUCUGGCUCCAAGUGUAUUCGACGGGAAAGCCGUGUGGUGAGUUGCACGUGACGCUCGAGUUCCCGAACGUAAGCCUCCGCGACCGCUUCGAAGCCUACCGCGCCUACUUGAACGACGCAAGCCCGCGCGCCGUCCACUCGCUCCUCAAGGCCAAGUGCGACCGCAUCUUGCUCGAGCGCGGCCCAGAAGCAACCGCCAAGAUCAUCCCCGGCGUCGUCAUGCUGCGCUAGCCCACGCAAACAGAAAAACUUAGUCUUUAUCGUGUGACCCUUCAAGAUAGCAAGUUAGCAUUCGUAUACAUUCUUCCGAGUCCCUAUAGCUAGCAUCCAAAUGUACUUCAGCCAGAACAGGACGUAUCAUCCAC